AUACAAUUACAAUUGAAUCAAUUAUACCAUUACAAUUGAAUCUAUUAUAUUCAAAGUUGAUUGCAUAAGGUCAAUCAGCAGUUUGUAGUUGAAUCUAUUGUAUUUAUAGUUGAAUGCAUAAAAUAAAUCAUACAGUUGAAUGUAUUAUAUUGAUAGUUGAUUGCGUGAGGGUAAUUAGAAGUUUGUAGUUGAAUCUAUUAUAUAAGAAGUUGAAUGCGAAAAAAUCAACUGCAUUUUGAUUAUUGGUAUAACAAGCUGAAAUAAUUGGAACAACUAACUGUCGUCUUUUUUCUCCGUGUUAUUCAUCGUGUCCUGGGUCACGAAAGGUGCACUCCGCUUCCCGCACGUGCAGAUGGCUUGCCAAACCAGGAAUUUCUUCGCAAAUUGGGACAUCUUCUGAGUGCGGACAUGCUUCGGACACGCUGAACUUAUCCUUGGCCGUGAAAAACUUGCCGGGGAUCUGUUUAAAGUCGGCCUUCACAUAUGUUUCGUCGUCCAUGAUGCAGCAUUCAACUUUACUUUACUUUAUCCUUCACUUCUGGGCUUCCGAUCGGUGGUCAAUCGUUCCUCGAACCUCUUAAUCACUCGCGACACCGUAGAAUUCGCGAUUCCCAACGUUUUAGCGAUGGAACGAUGCGAGAGAUCCUUGUUCUCGUGAUGAAUGCGCAAGAUUUUAUCUCGUACGAGCUGUUCUUUCGACUCCAUUUCCGCGAGUUUUAUCACAGGACCUUGAAACUUGCAGGAUGUAAACAAUGCACUAUGAACUAAAUCCACCCAAAUUUUCAUCAAUUCUACUCAAAGGUUAAAAAGUUAUAGCAAUUUCAUGGUGUGGCAAUUUCAUCGUGGACCCCCUUUAUGAUAUCUGACUGUAAAUUAUGAAUCUGAAUCGGAAUGCUUAUUUUGAAAUCUGAACCGAAACUCCUAGACUGAAUCUCGAAUUCUGAAUCUGCAUUUAAUUUGUGAACCUGAAAUCUACAUUUAUAGGUAAUUUGCAAUCUGAAUACUGUAUUAAUUUAUUUAAAACUUCAACCUGAGACUAAAUGUUCAGUUUUUAUCUAAAAAUUUUAACACGUAGUAUUAUAGAUCUAUUUAAUUAUGUUGAUAUUAAAAUAACUUUCGUAAUUUUGUAUUAUUUUGUAAUAUUGCAUGACCCGUAGUGUUUUGUGACCAAUUUGAUUUUGAUUUCGAAUCCGAACGACUGGAGGUUGAUGAUAUCAUAAGCAAACUAUGCCCACCAAGUCAAUCAGAAUCGUCGAGCUGCUGGCCGAGCAGCAGCCUUCCCCAGAGCCUUCCGCAAAUGAACCUGCUAACGAUGAUGGAACAGGAGGACCCAAUAGUUCCACCGGAACAAGCCGCUCCGGAGCCGGAACAAUCGAGAACGGUCGAGAUUGAGAUUAUCAACGCCGAAGGGAUGGCCGGGGAGGUGAGCAACGAUGAACCGAUACCACUGCAAGCAAACGUGAUCUACGUGGAUCGAUUAUCACCGUUGCUCAAUUGCGGUGCAAGUUCUAGUGCUUCAAGCGAAAGUGUUUCCCGGGAGCAGCUUAUCGGAGGUGUUAACCAACAGUCCUCUGAGGGUCAAAUGGGUAGCAUUAUCGAAAACGGUCAAGUUCAAGAAGACCCCGCGCAGAAGAUGUUCCCAAUUUUCUACAAAGAUCAUCAACGCACGAUAGCUGAUGCAGCCCAGGAAUUAAGUUUCCACGGAUUGUUUGAUCCUGCGAGACGGAGGGUCAAAAAUCGCCUUAAAGCUUCAUCCUGGAGGCCGAACGGAUCCAACCAAUACCAGAUCGAUGCAGGUCAGAAGGAGUAUGGUGCAGUUCAAUGUCCACAGUGCGAUCUGAUGUAUACAGUGCAUGAACCAGAAGAAGAAUUGAUCCAUCAAAACUAUCACCAGUCGUUGCAUCUUCUGAAAUUUGCCGGCUGGACCCAGGAACCUGUAGUGGCCACUGUUCCCGAAUGGGACGUCAGUGGUAGAAUUUUAGCGGUGACGAUGGCCGAAACACGACAAAAACUGCAGAAGAUCCAGGAAAUUUUGAGCGUUGUAGAUCGAGAGCUGGGAUAUGUCGAACCAACUCAACUGGUGAUGGGCUCCGUAGUUUAUCUGGCCGUUGCCAGGUCCAUUGUGCUGGGGAUUUGUGUAAUACAGCCAUUGCAACAGGCCAAUCGUUUACUCACGAUCGAGGGCAUUGAAGGAUCGAUCGAUUGCUGCACCAUGGAAACCUACCCCACCAAAUGUGGCGUAUCCAGGAUAUGGGUGUCACCCAACUACCGGGGUCACGGAAUAGCCCGAACGCUGCUGACUGUGAUGAAAUCGCACUACAUUUUUGGGUAUCCGCUAAGCUACGACGAGAUCGCGUUCAGUGCUCCAACCGAGGCUGGCAAGCGGCUGGCGGAAUCUGUUACCGGGCGCAAAGAUUUUCUUAUUUACAUGUAGUAGGAGGACGAUUCCGAUGACGCACCCUUCAUUGGGUUGUUAUAUUCCUCUUCUUCUCUGUAAAUUUUGUUUUUUUUUUUUAAUUCGUUGUUCAACUGGUCGCGUGUUAUCUUUUCUAUGUAUUUUGUUACAAGCUGUCGGAAUUUGACCAUUACAAAACGCUUUUUUUUCUUCUUCAUUUGCAAUCUUUCCUAGUGUCUAAAUUUAUUUUGGUUGCCAUACAUUGAUAAACGAAUGUACAAUAAUAGACUUUC